GCAGGUGUGGAAUCUGUGAGCAGACGUCAGAAGACAGUGUUGAAGUUGUACUGGACGGGUUAGGACGCUCAUGGGAUAAGUGUGGAUAGAUACUGAAAACUGUGGAUAUAGCAGAAACCAUUUUAUUUAUUAGCGUAUCGUUGCGCCAUCAGGGCACUCUUUUAUCACGUAAUACAGACGCAUCACUCAUGGACACGAAUUGUAAUUAUCCGCCGUCACAUAUGAAGAAUCAGAACUAUCAGAUUAACUCAGGUAAAAAUAUAAACAACAACAACAAUAACAACAACAACCUCCCGAUGCACCACAAGGAAACAUGUGCAGGCUGUGGUCGGCCGAUUGAGGACCGCUAUCUUUUACGGGUCAUGGAUAACUCGUGGCAUGAAGCAUGUUUACAAUGUAACGUGUGCGGGGAACAUCUCACGAGAUCCUGCUACGUCAAAGACCGGAAGUUAUUCUGCAAAACUGACUAUGACCAAUUAUUUGGCGCAAAAUGCAAAAGGUGUCUGCAGUCGAUUCCGUCCAAUGAACUGGUCAUGCGCGCCCUUGGCAACGUGUACCACCUGCGAUGUUUCUCCUGCAUCGUCUGCGGCCACCAGUUGCAAAAAGGCGACCAGUUUGUUCUAAAAGACGGACAACUCUUCUGCAGACUCGAUUUCGAAAAGGAAUUCACGCUAAUGCCUCUUAGCCCUAAAAGUGAGUUCCAUUUUGUCAGUGGUGGAGUAAACGUCAACCAUAUGCUAAUGUCAAGCGACGAAGACAGCAGCGUGGAGGACAACGAGAGCGACGGGGGGAAAGGGCCAAAGAGGCCGCGAACGAUACUCACAACGAGUCAGCGGAGAAAAUUUAAAGCCUCAUUCGAGAUCAAUCCGAAACCCUGCAGGAAGGUGAGAAUAUUAAAAUUUAAGGCCUCAUUCGAGAUCAACCCUAAACCGUGCAGGAAGGUUCGUGAAACGUUAGCAGCCGAGACCGGCCUGAGCGUCAGAGUUGUACAGGUGUGGUUUCAGAAUCAAAGGGCAAAGGUGAAAAAGUUGGCUAGGCGGCAAAAUCAAGAUGGCACUAUAGACAACCGGAAGUCAUCAAGUCGGUCGAAAAAGGGGAAGAAGGAACAAGAUAACGAUGGUAAGACUAUCAAAUAUGAGCCAAUGAACCCAGAUCAAGGAAUGCCAGGACUUCAGCCCUUACCUCCUCAAGAAACACAGUAUGGCGGCCUCAGAAGUUAUGACCAGACGCAUUCACAUAGUCCAAUCUACGGUUCUCAACCGAUGUCGGAAAGUAUGUACAAUUCGGACAGUUCUAUUGGUUUGGAGGGGAGUCUUGAUAACCUCGACGACAUGCUUACACCUCACACCCCCGUGCAGAAUGGGCAGCCCUCCCUAAUUAACCCUAUAGAUAAACUUUACUCAAUGCAGACGUCAUACUUCAGUACGGAGUAGCACGGACUACUUUCUCAAUGUGGAUAAAUACAAUGAUGUGCUCCGGAGCGUGCGUACAUGUAGAAAUUCGGCACGGAGUAACACUAAUGUGCUUCGACACGUGUGUGCUUCGGAACGGAGUGUAGUGCCGGACAGUACGGAGUAACACAGAUGUGCGGAUUAACACAUUUAGUUAAACCUCGGCACAUCGUACACCAACCAUGGUAGAAGGCACAAAGCAGCAUUAAAAAACCGGUUGUAGUGGCUGUAAUUGUGGGUAACGCCAAUCACGAAGCUCGUUUGCAGAUUUUGAGCUUGAUCAAACACUAAGCCAUUCUGUCCUGGAGGUCCGUUGGCCGGAACCGGUUCCUGUUUUAUAUGAAACUAUCAUAUUAUAGACUUGUCAAAACUAUUUUCUAGUCAUGUUAAAAUCAAUGUUUUAUAUCUAUUUAACCAGUAAGUUAUCAAGCGUACGAAUAUUCCAAAUUUAGGUUCACGACAAGUGAAGCCCGAAUGGAACUAAACUUUGGCAGUUUCGUGAUUCAUAAUCAUACACCAGUUCGGGGCCACCGGAAAUUGAUAAUGGACUCGCCGGAAGGUUUGUGGUCGGUCGAAGUUGAGGAGCAAAAGGAUUUACCAGGUUUGAUAGCACACCUUUCGCCCCUCAAUUUCGACCACCUCAAAGGAUUCGGGCGAGUCUAUCGUCAAUUCCGGUGGCCUGCAACCGGUAUAUUAAUUUGAAUCGCCACACUGUUUGGGAAUGGGACUUUUUCCAUGUUGGCAUGUGAGUUUUCUUCAACUUCUAUUUUUUCUAAGUAACAGCACCCUGAAUAUAGACGUUACUGGUGCAUCUCAUUACUAAUGUCUCUUAGCGUAUACACGGGAGACCCGUUCCAAAGUUAAACUCUUCUGUUAGGCGAGUCACACACUUGGGUAGUUGAUUCGUUAACAUGUUAAAGGAAAAAGCGACCGGUGUGAGAUUUAGUGGGGACAUAUUUGAUUCGCUAGAUCGCUUCCAUUCGCCGCCACCUUUUGCAUCAUGAUUGAUCUGCAAUAAAUAUUUCUUGCCAGACGUGCAUUUGCGUUUGCUUACAAUCAUAGUUUCUAUUUUCUGUGUACUGUUUAUUGCAGUUUGAUAAUUUUCAAGAAUACUGUUCGGAGAAGUCAGGGUCAUCCUGGAUCAUGAAAAACCCAGCAUAUCUCACGCCCUGCCAGUCCCUUUAACGGAAAUAUUCCUGCAUCAGUUAUUUAAGAUUUCUGUGAGAAUCUUAUUGAUUUUUGACGGCUUUUACUCACAAUUAAGCUUGUGGACAAAUGGCUCAGUAUUGUCCUCUCUGUACAUUUCAGUGAACAUGUACCUGCAUUGUCGAGGUUGCACUCAUUGCGUCACAUAAACUCUGCCACGUGACUCAUUCGAGAGAUCUGUAAUUAUCAGAAUAUUUCGUAAAAACUACUAAAUGUAUAAAAUCAGCUUAUCAUUAUUUAUUUGUGGAUAUUCAUUGUAUAGUAUCUGUACUCAAGUAUAUUGUAGAUACAUAUUGCCUGGUUAUGUUUUUUUCUCGAGACCAGAACAUCAUUGUACUUACUAUUUUAAUUGUAAAAUAUUGGAUGUACAUGUACUGAAUUCACUAAUUUUUAGUUCUUUAAGAAGUCGUUGGGGAAUCCCAAUGACACUUGAAAUCGCGAAGGUUGCCGAAUGCGACUGUGCAUGUGUAAGAGUGUCCAGAAACACUGUUUGUUAUAUUUUUGGACUUUACCAUUCUAGGCCUCAGAGCAUAAUUUUUUGGAUCAGACAUGUGGUUGACAUUUACGUGAGCCAAGCUGGUGUCAGCUAAGGUUAGCAAACCUGCGAUUACUGCAUUAAACGACAACAUAAUAUUGUGUCGAUAACGAGUGUAUCACCCCAUGCUGGCAUUUUUGUGAUUGGUCCUUCCCGAUGAUUUGAUGACACGUUUGACUCCCGAAGGGUAACAUAUGGGCCACAAACUAGGAAACGUGGCUUUUUCUCUUCGACCAUCCUAGGCAAUGGACGCAUAUCAGGGAUGCGGGUAAUUUCUUCCAUAAUUUCCGAUUAUUCCUCAGCCACAUGUAUGUGAGGCUGAAGGCUAAAUUGUCGAUAGCCAGGCAUGAAAAUCAUGUUCCCCCGUUCCUGAUAUGGCCUCAUAGCCAAGGUAGGUCAUAUCCCGUCUGCGCUUCUAUCCACUAAUUAGGCCUAUUGGGUUGUUCUAUAUUCUAUCAAGUUAAUCCCCCUCUCUGUAAAAUUAUCCCAACAAAAUCAUGAAACAUAUAUCGAGUAUUUGAGUUGAUUCUUUCGGUAUCUCUCUGCUGAGCGACCGCAGUCCCUCUUGCAUCGAAACUGUGAGUCAAGAUCUCACCUCUGGAUAGGCAAACUUGCGUUAAACUGGGUAUCGGCUGAUGGUUUUAUUCUACUGUAUCUAGGACCAACAUGCAAUACCUAGCGAUCCGUAAUACAUGUGCGGACGCUGUGCCAGCUCCGUGCGUCGGGCGUGGCGCGUACCAAGUACAUGCAUGAGGUUGUAUAGAAUUUCGGUAAAUUUUGGAGAUUAUAAAGCGUAUAUAAAUGAAAAAGAAUCUAUCUGGUUGACUUGAAAUAAUUAAUAAGAUGCUCCAUGUGGAAACGUUUUCGGUAGAAAAUGCGUUUGAACUGAAUGCUGCUACAUUUAUUGAUUCCGGGAUUGAUUUUUGUCCCAGGUUGUCGACACGCCCCCUAACAGUGAAUGGAAGAAACUUCUAUGCCUCUUGUCUCUAUCCCAUGUUUGUGUUAUUUAUUUGUCCAGAAAACUGUAUGUAAAUUUGAAGAAGAGAUUUUGCAAUAAAAUCUAGAUAUCUUACA